AUGAGCUUGAAAGAAGUAUUCGAACAACAUCCAUGGAGGUCAUUUAAGAAGUUCAAUGAAGCUGCAAAGAGUUCGGGAUUUACUAACAGAGCUGAAGUGAAAAGGUUCUUUGACAAAAAUGUUGUACAUCAAACAAAAAUAAACCCUUACGACUACUUUUUACCAAUUUACUCCAACACUCCUGACGCAUACCAAUUUGACACUCUCAUUCAAAGCAGAAAAGGAGGACAUAAACCAUUCCUCAUCUUCAUUAAUGUUAACACUCGCAAAGCUUUUGCGUAUAUAAUGAGAAAUAAAGGAACUCGUGAAGUGUUAAGAGUUUUACAAAAGUUUGUAGCAGAACAUAACCCAAGUACUUUAACAUCAGACCAAGACGGUGCAUACCUCAGCAAUGAAAUCACAGAAUUUCUCAUUAAGCAUAACAUAACUCACUACACUACUGAAGACCAUAACCAUAACAUACUCGGCAUCAUAAACCGCUUCAUAAGAACGCUCAGAGAUUUAAAUCAAGAGCGAGACUUUACCGAAGAAACAAUGAAACAUUUUCUCGAAGUAUAUAAUUCCUCAACACAUUCUACAACAGGACAUACACCAAAUUCAAUGACACAACAACAAGAAGAAAA